AUGUUUAACUUUAGUGAUCAAAGUGCAGAUACGCAACAAUGGCAAUAUUCGAAGUAUAAAACGACGUUAUCCAAUCAACAGUCAAAUCCGGUGGUGAUUCAAACUCCGUCAACUGGAACACACGUUGAACUAGCUGAUUCCUUCAGUAAAUCAUCCCAGACCGAUUAUUUCAGAGAUACCAAUUCUUGCUCCAACUGUAGCAAUCUUCUAAUAUGCGCCGCCGAAUUCUUGACAAAAAUUGAGUUAAAUUACGGGCGACCAACAACAGUAUCAUCAAAUUUAAGCACUUCUAGUCAAUACACUCAAUCAAUUAAACAAUCACCGAAAAAUACAGGAGGACUUGCCAGGAGCUCUAUAAGAUUCUCAUUUUCAUUAUUUCUAUUCCUGUUAUUAUUUUGUUCAUUCCCAUACUGCUCCAGCUCUACUCCAUUUUAA